AUGCCUGUCAGAUGCAGAUACAGAACUUCGAAAGACCCUAGGCGCAGUACAAACGAUGUUGAAAAGCUUGGGCGUCUUGUGAAGCGUUUCAAUCUGGGAACCAGUGAAAUGAACGGUAGAAUGGACGAAAUCACGUAUUCAAAAGAACACGAAUCAACCGAUGUGACUAGCAUCAAGUCGGGUCAACUAGGCUUCCAAGCAAUUCUCUGGCGACUAGUUUGGGUGAGCCCCGACGAAACAGCGGAGAACAGAUCCACACCGUCUCGGUUGGCGCAACCGUCUUGUGUGAACUGCAAAAAUAGCAUCUUUCAGCGUGGGGGCCUUUUCCAGAUAAGCCCCAAAAAGAUUGGAAAACAGAGGAUAUGGAAUUCGUAA